GAUUGAUACUCCACUCCCAUCCUCCAUUUCGCCAGUUCCCGAAGCCGUCCUGCCGGUGCCGUGGGCGUGGACGCUGCCGCCUCCUCGCGCUCUCUGUGGCGCACAUCAAAUCUCCCCGAAAAACUGCCAAACAACCACCAAAAUGUAAUAAAAACACGCCCGGCGCUGUCGACGCGCACGGCACGGCAACCGUAUCCCGAGCUCCCCCACCCCUGCACUUGACGUCCUCCCGCCGCGGCCAUGGCGGCCACAACCACCUCGGCGACAGCGGCGGCGGCCUUCUCCCUCCCUUCGGCACCGCGCCGCGUGCCUCGCCGCCGCUCCCUCCUCCGCGCCGCCUCCACCGCCGCGCCCCCUUCCCCUGACCUCUCCAUCCAGCUCUCUCCCCGCCCCUCCCCGCCUGUUUCAGCUAACGGCGCCGCGACCGCAGAUCCCCCGGUGGCUGCCUUCUUCGCCCGCGACCGCGCCGAGGACUUGCAGGCCGAGGCCCGUGCCAUGGCCCGCGCCGCCGGCGCCACUGUCUACAGCCCUGAGCUCCUCGCCUCCCGAUACGGCUCCCGCCCCCUCAAGGUGGCGCUGAGGGCGGCGGAGGUGCUAUCCAAGCUGGGGGCGUUCGGGUUGAAGUUGCUGCUGGACGAGCGGAGGGGGGACUCGUCAUCGGCGAAGAGGCGCGCGAGGGCGGUGGAGCUGCGGACCAUCCUCACCAGGCUCGGCCCGACCUUCGUCAAGAUUGGGCAGGGUCUGUCCACACGCCCCGACCUCUGCCCGACCGAGUACCUCGAGGAGCUCUCCGAGCUGCAGGAUUCACUUCCCACUUUUCCGGAUGAAGAGGCAUUUGCAUGUAUUGAGAGAGAGCUUAGCUUCCCACUUGAUUCGGUCUACUCGGCAAUAUCACCUUCCCCAAUGGCAGCUGCUAGUUUAGGUCAAGUUUAUAAGGCACGGUUGAAAUACUCUGGGAACCUGGUAGCUGUCAAGGUGCAAAGACCUGGUAUUGAGGAUGCCAUAGGCCUUGAUUUUUAUCUACUCAGGGGCCUUGGCUUUUUAAUAAAUAAGUAUGUCGACAUUGUAUCCAGUGAUGUUGUUGCCCUCAUGGACGAAUUUGCUCGAAGAGUUUUCCAAGAGCUUAAUUAUGUCCAGGAAGGCCAAAAUGCAAGAAGGUUUAAAAAGUUAUAUGCUGAUAAGCAAGAUAUAUUGGUGCCUGAUAUAUUUUGGGAUUACACAAGUGCAAAGGUUCUGACAAUGGAGUGGAUUGAGGGUGUAAAAUUAAACCAGCAAGCAGCUAUUGAAAGUCAAGGAUUGAAGGUUCUGGAUUUGGUCAACAUUGGUAUCCAGUGUAGCUUGAGGCAGCUUCUGGAGUAUGGUUACUUUCACGCUGAUCCACAUCCUGGUAAUAUAUUGGCAACACCUGAGGGGAAGCUUGCUUUUCUUGAUUUUGGCAUGAUGAGUGAAACACCAGAGGAUGCAAGGGUAGCCAUUAUAGGACAUGUUGUCCACUUGGUCAAUAGGGACUACGAAGCAAUGGCUCGUGAUUAUUAUGCGCUAGAUUUUUUGGAACCUGAUGUUGAUGUUUCCCCAAUUGUGCCUGCUCUCAAGAAUUUCUUUGAUGGUGCACUGAACGCAACAGUGAGUGAGCUGAACUUCAAGACGAUAGUUGACGGCUUAGGUGCUGUUCUCUAUCGGUACCCAUUCAACGUACCGGCAUACUACGCAUUGAUUCUGCGAUCACUCACUGUACUGGAGGGUUUAGCACUCUAUGCUGAUCCUAAUUUUAAGGUGCUUGCCGCCUCGUACCCUUACUUUGCUAAAAGGCUGCUCACUGAUCCCAAUCCAUAUCUCAGAGAUGCUUUAAUUGAGCUUCUAUUCAAGGAUGGAAAAUUCAGAUGGAAUAGGCUUGAAAAUCUUCUUGUUCAAGGGCGCCAAGAUAGAGAGUUUGCAGCCAAGGAUGCUCUACAGCCUGUUCUAAAGCUUCUACUUGGUCCUGAUGGGGAAGAAUUGCGUCUGCUAGUUGUGAAAGAAGCAGUUCGUGUGACAGAAGCCAUCACUAUCGGGGCGCUGAUUGAUUCAUACAACGCGGCUCCAGAAUUUUUGAAGCCAUUAAUUUCCAAUGGCAAUCCAGGUGGCACCUUUAAGCUAAGUGACGUUGAACGGGAACAAAUGAUUGAGCUCCGAGACAGGGUUUUCAGAAUAUGGGGUCUUUUGAGAUCCUCGGAUAACUUUGAUCCAAGCCUUUUGCAACCAAUUGUGCAGAAUUUUGAUAAUCAGGUGCUACAAGAACCAGAGGCCCGUGUUCUGGGUUCUCGUGUUGCAGGAGGUGUCACGCAGCGUCUUGCGGCCCGUCUGUUGCAACAGCUUCUCAGGACCCCACCUGUUCUUGGAUCCUCUCAGUUGAUAGGCUCCAACUGAAGCAUGUAAAUUCACACGAUACUUUUCACAGGAAAUAAAAAGGAAGUAUAACUCACAAAUCAAGUAUAUAGCUAAUUUCUUCAUUCAUUGUAGAUAAAGAUCCAUAAAUUCGCACGGAUCCACAGGAAAGGAAAUUGAGGUAGAAAUCAUAAAUCAGCUACGUAGCUAAUUUCUUCAUCCAUGGUGGAUGAAAAUCCACUAGUCUGAUUGGUGCGUCUAUAUGUGCCUAGAGAUUUUAGUGUUUGGUCAUAGCAAAGAAAAUAAUAUCAAAGGCAAUACGUAUAUAGUAAUAUUGUUUGAAAUUAAAUAGAUGAGUUAAUAAGCAGUCAAUCUAACUCUUUAUAUUUGUUACAGAGUGAGUUUGUUCUCUGCUUGAUUUAUUUCAUCUAUGUAAAUUGAGGAAGAUUGUUAUGUGUGGA